GCAGAAAAAUAUGACUCAUAACCAGGAAAAAUGUCAAUCAAUAGAACUAGAUCUAGAAAUGACAGAGAUGAUAGAAUUAACUGACAAGGACCUUAAAACAGCUAUUUUAAAUAUUAUAAAUAUGCUCAAGAGGAGGUAAAGGAAAACAUGAACAUAAGAAGUGAAAUGGAAGAUAGAAAGAUGAUCCCAUGGAACUUCUAAAGAUGAAAAAUACAAUAUAUAAAACAAAGAAAUUUUGGACAAAAUAUUGCACUAUAACAAUAUACUCUUUCUUCUGUAAGAGCACUUUCAGAGACAAUGUCACAUAUUAAAUACAUCAAAAUGUUUCCCUAUCAUGGGGGGAGGUGAAUAGGAACAGGUUAUAAGACAAAAGUGAGGAAAAACCAAUUAGUUAAUUAAUUUUUUAAAAAGGGGCCUGAAGCAGACCUGUUAUAAAUAUUAUGAAAUUAGGAAUAUGAUUAAUUUAACCCUAAACACUCCAUGGAACAAAGGAAGGAAAUAAUGUAAAAAAGGUGAUGGAGAUGAUGGGGAACUGAAUUUUAGGGGAUGACUAGAAACACUUUGUGAGUGAGACCCAGCAAGACCUCUGGAGUCCAAGAGGCUGAGAUUAAAACAGUAUCAGUAUGACCAAAUAUAAUAGCUAACAUUUAUGUAAAGCUGAUCAUGUGCCAGGUAUUUUUCUAGGUGCCAGACAUAUAUUAAUCCACAACCUGGUAAGGGAACAUUCCACACAAUCCAAGAUGUCUCAUAAAUCAAUGGAGAAUAAUAGAUUUGUGUUUGAGCCAAAGGUUGAGGCAAAAUAAUGCACCAGGACAUUGGCUGAGGUUCCUUUUGUGAGAGCUAAAGGCUCAGUAAAAACAAUGAGAAUAAGAAUUGUAUUCAAAUGGGUUAGGGUCGCUGUGUGGGUCUCUGUGGAAAGCUUGUUUGGGGGGUGGUGUACGCCCGCUAAGGCAGCACCUCAGGGACGAUGGCGGAGGGAGAUAAUCGGAGCACCAACCUGCUGGCUGCAGAGACUGCAAGUCUGGAAGAGAAGCUGCAAGGAUGGGGAGAAGUGAUGCUGAUGGCUGAUAAAGUCCUCAGAUGGGAAAGAGCCUGGUUUCCACCUGCCAUCAUGGGUGUGGUUUCUUUGGUGUUUCUGACUAUCUACUAUCUAGAUCCAUCUGUUCUGUCCGGUGUUUCCUGUUUUGUUAUGUUUUUGUGCUUGGCUGACUACCUUGUUCCCAUUCUAGCUCCUAGAAUUUUUGGCUCCAAUAAAUGGACCACUGAGCAACAGCAAAGAUUCCAUGAAAUUUGUAGCAAUCUGGUAAAAACUCGACGCAGAGCUGUGGGCUGGUGGAAAUGCCUCUUUACACUAAAGGAAGAAAAGCCUAAAAUGUACUUCAUGACCAUGAUCGUUUCUCUUGCUGCGGUUGCUUGGGUGGGACAGCAAGUCCACAACCUGCUGCUCACCUACCUGAUAGUGACCUUCUUACUGUUGCUUCCUGGAUUAAACCAGCAUGGAAUCAUUUUGAAGUACAUUGGAAUGGCCAAAAGGGAGAUAAAUAAGCUCCUCAAACAAAAAGAAAAGAAAAAUGAAUAAUGCAUCUGCUUUAUUCAGUGUAAUGAAUGGCAUAUACAUUGUCCUUGGGAACAGUUUCUGUUAUGCUGUCUGGAUACUAAAAUGUUACAGAAGUAGCUCUUUGCUCUCCCUCUUUUGCCCUUAGUGCACAGAAAUUCAGACUUGCCAAGUAAGGCUUUAUGCAUAGUGUCUUCAUGUGAAGUAUAGCUGGAUGCAUUCUCAUCAGUUGGCCUAUAUGGACAACUCAUUCGUGAGUACGACUUGUUUUGAUUUUUCUCCACCCAGGUUAAUUGCAUUCUUACUUUUAGGCAACUUCCUUUAAAAUAAUAUAGUGGUGAACUUCACCUUUUAGUACAGUUAACUGUGACUUUGGAUAAUUAAUUGUUCCAGUUGAUCUUUGCUUUAGCUAGAUACAAGUUAGUGGUCUGUGGCUACAGGAAGCUGGUUCUACUGUCUGCUUCCACAGUCUGCUUAAACUGCCUGGCUUCAUGAAUACAGAGACCAAGUUGACCACUUCCAAUGAAGAGACCAAUUAAGAUUCAUUCCUCAUGCUGUUUCUAUACAAUGGGAGAAGAAUCCUCUGGAAUAAAAUGAAACCAAUUCCAUGCCCUAGUAUGUACUGGUUUCUGCCUUGUGAAAAACUUAGUAAUUUGUAAGAAACAUUGAUCUUUCCUCCCAAAUGGGGAAUAUGACAGGCUUUGAGCUCAUCUCUCGUUGCUCUUAGACUUCAAGUUAGUAGAUCCUUAGAGGCUUUUUAACAGCAGGCUUCCAGAAGUUUGUGUUUAGGAUUUUUAGCAUAUUUUUAAUUUCAGGUUUUCAGCCGACUGAAGCUAAAGUACAUAAUAGGCUAAGACUCAGGUCUAUGACCUUCACUCCAACACCAGCCAAUAAAGGACAGAAGUCUUCCUAUACUUAGUCAAGAGUCAUUUCAGUAGAAAAUAAUCUUAGCCUACUAAUUUUUCGAGACCAGACUAAGCCUUUGAAGGUAAGCCUCAAGAUUCUUAUUUGAAGGUAAUUGCUGGCUGCUUUGGCCCCCAGAGAUUUGGCACAGGAGGUGGUGUUUAUGCUGGCAUCUGACUUUUUUCCUAGAUCUCUCUCUCUGAAGAGUGCAAGGGCUGCUGGGGAGAGCAGACUUUUGGCGACGAUAGGUGGCCUCUGGUCUACAGAGAUUUUGUAACUGCUUGGAAAGUGUCUUAGAAUCAUUCUCCCUCUCAGUAGCUAGAAAUUUAGAAUAGCUGAAACCUGUAGGCAUGAACCUCUGAGGGCCGAGAAUGUGACAUUUGGGAACAGUUCUUAAACUCUGAUUAACUAGCUGUAAUAUAGUUUUGUGAAUUUACUGCACUGAUGCCGGACCUUGUGGUAUAUCUAUCCCUAAUAAGUGUUUUCUCCCCUUCAAUAUUACUGUUAACAGUGGCACCCAUUGUAGCAUAUGUUUGAUUUUUUUUAAUGUUUCCUAUGAAAACUACAAACUACCUUAAUUUUUACAUGUGUUUCCUCAUUGUAGAUAAGCCUAUCUUGCUAUCUGGAUUUUUUUGUGUAUAUGUGUUCUACCAAUUAACUC